AUAGCACAGUGGAAGUAGAUUGACAAAGCAACUUUAUUAUUUGUAGUAAACGUUUUGUUGUCGCAAAGGAUACGUGUUUAUAAAAUAUUUUGGCCAUACAAAGAUUCAACUCGAUAAUUUUUACUAGUAUUUUCUAUUCUUCCGUCAACAUAUUUCCAGAGUGUGCAAUGAUUAAAAAAAAAAUGUUUGUUUUGUUAAUUUGGACUUGCUAUUGUUUUGGGGUUCUUGAAAGUGCCGAAACUUACGGCAAAAAAGAUCCUCCCCUGAAAAAGACGUAUUUGUUUAGUGCCGACUUAAAUAACUUUGAACAUGGAUCUGAAACUUUUUCUAGAGGGAAAAGAUCGACGUCACCUCCUCCAUUUAAUGACUCCAACAUUGCAGUUAAGAUAAAUUAUCUUAAUGACACCCACAAACAGCUGAUGGUCCAUUGGGUGGGCGAGCACAGUAAGGUUGUCAUUUGCUUGGCUCGAGAUCCAUCAUCUGGCAUCUUGGGCCUGCAGCAAGCUAGCCCCUCCGCCGUCUAUAUAUCUUACGAUGACGGCGACACCUAUAAAAAUAAAACUGAUCAAUUUCAACUGCCCAACAACAAGGGUUACGCGACUUUGGAAAAAUUUUACAACCAUCCAGUAUACAAUACGCACUUUGUGUUUACCGACAUUCUUCACAAUCUCAUUUAUGUCACCACGAAUUACGGAAAAAGUUUUAAGCGAAUAGAACUUAAGUUUACCCCAAGCCAAUUGUCCUACCAUGAACUUCAACCUUCCACUUUCGUCGUCCUAGACAAGAAUGACACCCAAAGUAAGCUUUGGAUAACUGAAGAUUUUGGUGAAACUUUCCGUCCAGCUCACGAAUUUGUUAAAUCUUUCUACUGGAUUAAAGACACUAACGACAAUCACCAACUGCUAAUUCACAGAUACGAGCCCAAUGGUUUAAGUACAAUCAUUUUUUCGAAAACAUUGUUCAGGACCCGUAUGAAUCAAGUUUACGCGACGAACGUUCAUAGUUUCUUUAUGAAAAACGACUACCUGUUUACAUCGAAGAAAGACUCCAAGGGAAACUUGCAGUUGUAUGUAUCAUACAAACUGGGAAGGCAGAUACCAUGCAUGUUCGACACUACAUUACCCAUCGGUAAUUAUCUCAUUGUGGAUGUUACCGGAAAUAGAGCUUUGGUUGCGGCCAGUCACUCGGAGGAACACUCGAAUUUGUACGUCUCGGAGAAUUUGGGAGGCAACAGCGGUAGAGUUAAAUUUACUCUCUCCUUGGAAAACGUUUUUGCGUUCUUUCCAAACAGCACUUGGCAAGACACUUGGCUUUAUCAUAUUGCUGAUGAAGCAUUUGCAGACGUCUACAAAGUCGAAGGUCUUACCGGAAUUUACAUCGCUUCUAGGGUUGUCCAACCCAAAUCAAAUGGCAGUAAUAAUUUAGGCCCUUACAAUCUGGGCUCCGUAAUUACUUUUAAUCACGGGGCAUCUUGGCGCUUAAUUAAACCACCGGCCGUUGAUAUUGAAAAGCAAUCUACAGGGUGUUUACCCUCCAAAGGGUGUUCUUUACAUCUGAGUCAAAAAUUUAGCCAGCUUUAUCCAGAGAGUCGAUCUGUGAGCAUUCUCUCGAGCAAGUCUGCACCGGGUAUUAUUAUGGCCACAGGUGUUUUGGGAUCAAAUCUUAAAGGUCAUUAUGGGGUUUAUAUCAGUUUAGAUGCCGGAUUAACUUGGCACCAAACUCUAAGAGAUUUAUAUUUCUUCAACAUGGGUGAUCACGGUGGAAUUUUGUCCGCCGUUAAGUAUUACAAAGCGAAAGGAGAAACGCGUCAUAUUUUGUAUUCGAUCGACGAAGGUGAAAAUUGGAAUCAGACCGCGUUUCACAAUGAAGAAAUAAGACUCUACGGGUUGAUGACUGAACCGGGUGAAAACACCACAAUCUUCACAAUGUUUGGUUCUCUGCCAAAAGAACACAACUGGAUCAUCGUAAAGGUCGACUUUGCAAGGAUUUUCAAAUCCCAAUGUGGACCCAACGAUUACAAAAUGUGGUCGCCCAGUCAAACCGAAGAAAACAGGAGUUACAUACCGUGCAUUUUAGGAGAACAAACCACUUACCAGAGACGAACUCCGAAGGCGUAUUGUUUGAAUGGUCUCGACUUUGUCAGAUUAAUCUCUAAACAGCCGUGUGACUGUGACAUACUUGAUUUCGAAUGUGACUUUGGAUUUAACAAAACUGAAACAAUGCCACCGAGAUGUAUUCUUGAUAAGUCUUUGCAGUCGUACAAUCCUUACGAUAUUCCUAUUAAAUGUGAACCGGGUCAGUUUUACAAUAGAACUAAGGGUUAUAGAAAAAUUUCGGGCGACGUCUGCGUUCAAGGGUUUGAACAACACUACCUCCCGGAUUUGGUACCCUGUCCAAUGAAGGUCAUUUACGAUUUUCUGUUGUUUGCUCAACGAGAAAGUAUCAGUACAUAUAAUUUGGUAACUAAAAGUCUGGAGGUGCUUCCCCUGUACAACCUAAAGAACGUGAUCGCUGUCGAUUACGACCUAAAAAACAACUGCGUCUAUUGGGCGGACAUUUCGUCAGACACAGUUUCUCGUCAGUGCUUUACUAGCGGUGGUAAGCCGGAGGUGUUAGUUUCAAACGAUUUGGCUUCAAUUGAAGGCAUGGCUUUCGAUUGGAUCUCAGAAAACCUCUAUUUUGUUGAUGGGGUGAGGGCCAAAAUUGAACUGAUCAGGACGAACAUCAGCUACAGCGGAAGAAUGAGACGGACGAUUUUAAACGAGACAGUGCUAAAAAAGCCGCGAGGUAUCGCUCUUCAUCCCCAGCAUGGAUAUAUGUUUUGGACCGAUUGGUCGGCAGAAAAUCCUUCGGUCAACCGGGCCAACUUGGAUGGUAGUAAUAACUUUACCUUGUUUGGGAAGGAUAAAGUUGAGUGGCCUAAUGGCAUUACUGUGGAUUACAUAGCUAAUAGGAUUUACUGGGUCGACGCCCGCCAAGAUUACAUAGGUAGUUCCGAUUUGCAUGGCGAUGGUUUUAUUAAAAUAGUACACGAUGUGGAUGUCGUUUCACACCCUUUUGCGAUCGCCGUAUUUAAGAACGACAUGUAUUGGGACGAUUGGAAAAAAAACGCCAUAUUUGUCAGCGACAAAGACAUAUACAAAGGUUACGGGACGCUAUUGAAAGAUGUUUCGGGAAUUAUGGAUUUGAAAAUUUUCGCGACGGGCCUUCGUACAGGCACCAACGCAUGUGCGAACGCCUCGUGCCCUUAUAUUUGUGUGGGUUUGCCCAAAAACAAUUACACUUGCUUGUGCCCCGACGGAAUGGAAAUGUCGGAUGCGGGAAAAUGUUUAUGCCCCGGCGGCGUGGAACCGUUCGCGAAUGGCACGUGCCUGGCUGUAAAUAAGAGUUGCAGUCCGGAGCACUUUACAUGCGCUAACGGGUUGUGCGUUCCCAAGGGUUGGAAAUGUGAUGGCGAAGAUGAUUGCGGCGACGGAUCCGAUGAAGCAAGAUGCGGUACUCAAACGUGUCCCCCGACUUUCCAUGUUUGUGGUGACGGAAAGUGUCUUCCCCAUUACUGGAAAUGUGAUUAUGAUAAAGACUGUGCCGACGGUUCAGACGAAUUGAAUUGCCCUCGCCAGAACUGUACAGACUCGCAAUUCGCUUGCGAUAAUGGCCGUUGCGUGGCUUUGAAUUGGCGAUGUGACCAUGAAAACGAUUGCCGCGACGGUUCCGACGAAAGCAACUGCGACGCUGACAAACCUGUUAGCUGCAAAGCGGAGGACGAGUUCCAGUGCAAGUCCGGAGCAGUGACUUGCAUACCUUCCACAUGGAAAUGUGAUGACGAGCCCGAUUGCAGAGAUAGCUCUGAUGAAGCUAACUGCACCAACAAUGUUUGUUCGGAACUGCAAUUCUCUUGUGGACCGCCUACCAACAGAUGUAUUUUCAAUACGUGGGUUUGCGAUGGUGACAAAGACUGCACCAAUGGAAAGGACGAAGAAAAUUGUACGAAAACGGAAAUUCCAAAAACUCCGAGUAAUACAUUCCUUCCAAAGAAUAACACUUGUCAAGAUUGGAUGUUCAAAUGUCAAAAUGACCGCUGCAUACCUUUUUGGUGGAGGUGCGACGAGGUGGACGAUUGUGGCGAUAACAGCGACGAAUCGGACUGCCAAAACUUGCCAGCAUCCACUACGCAACCGCCAACCCCUCAGUCUACCCCUAAAAGCGGUUGGUGCGACGUUAACGAGUUUCAAUGUUAUUCCGGUCAAUGCAUUUUGGCAUCGUGGGUGUGUGACGGCAGCUACGAUUGCCCCAAUGGAGAGGAUGAGCAGCAUUGUGAUGGAUUUAGCCGAUGUACACCUCUCGAGUUCAAAUGUAGAAACGAUGGCAGUUGCAUUUCGAUGACUCAGGUUUGCAACGGUGUUUACGAUUGCCCUGACAGGACUGACGAAGUGAAUUGUGAACAGUAUUUGCCAAACGAGCCGGCCACUCCUAGUUGCAGUGUCGGGUUCUUCCCGUGCGAUGGUGGUAGUUGUUAUCCGUUAUCGGUGAUGUGUGAUGGAAAAGUCAACUGUAAGGAUGGAUAUGACGAAUCAAACUGUACUAGAAAAUCCCGAGUUUAUCAGGUAUUGGAGAUGGGCUUUGAAGCAGGUAGCACGAAUGAUACAUCCCUGUUUCUAUAUUGGACGAUUGCUCCACCCCCAAAUAACGUAACACUUGAGUUUAUGCCGUCGAUAACUCAGCUCGGCCUAGAUAAAUGGCACAAUAAAAGCUGGAGCGAUCAAAAGGAAUAUCUGUUUGAAGGUUUAAAACCAUUUACGUCUUAUAAUAUGACGGUAUAUGUAAGGGUGCUGAAGACUGACGUUGUUUUUCCUCCGGCAAAAUAUUUCGUUGCAUCGACUUUGGAAGGUAAACCAACACCUCCGUGGAACACAACCGCGGUUCAGAAAAACGGAUCUCAUAUAUUAAUUGCAUGGCAGCCACCCGUUCAACCAAACGGCAUUAUUCAGAGUUACCGAAUAAUUUGGGCUCCUAUCGAUUCAGCUGUUAUUGUUCUAAAGUUGAAUGGGAAUGAAACUUCCCAUUUGUUAUCUGCAGAUUUCCAACACAACCAGGAAUAUUCCUUUGCCGUGAAAGCCAGCAAUGGACGGUAUGAAAGUGAGUCCUCUGAAGUAGCAACGAUAACUUUCGACGCCGAGACAAACGUCAAUAUGAUUGAAGAUCUGAGAGUUGUGUCAUCAACCAAUCAAAGUGUAUCUUUAGUGUGGACAUACAGGGGUGACGCAGAUGGCUUCAGGAUUAUGAUACACCCUGAACGACAGUAUCCUGCAAUACCCCUGUACACCACAAAAAACAAAAACUGUACACUGACUUUGGCACCCGGAGCGUUUUACAAGUUAGAGGUAUAUGCUUUCCGCAAGAAUAUUGAAGGUCCCCAUAAAUUUAUUUCCGCCUAUACGGUCGGCACCCCUCUACCAGUGAUUAAAAGUACCCAAGCGAUCAUUCUUAAGGAAAUAGGUACUACAGUUAAACUGUCAUGGGAGCGACCGGAAAAGAAUUCUAAGAUCAGCUGGGUCUACGGCGUGUAUUAUGGCAUCGAUGAAGAACAACUCUAUAAAAAAGCAAUGUUGAGAACUACAAACCUUUCAAUAACAAUUCCAAAUCUUGGCGCGUGCGAGACUUACAUGUUUCUGGUCGGCAUCAUCGGUCCCCAUGGUUAUGGUCCUUUGUCGGACAAGAUUCUGUCCGUCAGAACAUCUGAAAACCCGAGAGCGCCUCCAAAGAAUGUUCGAGUUGGGUCCAAUCCGCUUGAUGCUCUAAAUAUGACGGUUACGUGGGAACCAACAUGUUCAACCAUGAAAAAUCAUUCAUAUUUGGUCACUAUACGGGAAACGACAACCAAACGGAGGUGGAACUUUGGAACUGAGAAAAAUCAAUAUCAGUAUAGCGCUAAUAUUGAACAGGGAGCCGUAUACAGCAUUACCGUUCAAACAGCCAUACCUAAUGCUAUUCCGUCACAGCCAGUUAUUUUCAGUGGUCCAUUUAUACCACCACCAACUGAAUUAAUGGUGCAAGCCGAAUCAAACGGCAGUUUAUUCCUAUACUGGCAGGAACAAACAUUACCUAAGGAGAGUGGACCUUAUAAGUAUGAGAUUCUUGUACAUGAAGGAAGUGAUAUGAAUGAAACUACUGCAAUGAAAUUCUUAGUGGAACGCCCUCCAUUUAUAUACACUAAUGAUUCUGCUUUGAUGUACAGUUUUGCCAUUCGAAUUAAGACAGACAAGGGCAUAAAGUCAAAACUGUCUGCUAAAGUGAGCAGGAAUAUCGGUGCACAGGCUUCGAAGCAAGAAAGUUCAGUUAGUUUGCUCGCCAUUAUUGUGCCGAGCCUUCUUAUAGUAGUCGCUUUUCUGGCCAUAAUUGGGUUCUUGGUUGUACGAAAUCGACGGCUGCACAACAGUUUCGUUAGGUUCGCAAACUCUCACUACAAUUCUAGGUCGGGAGCGGCCACUUUCGAUGACCACAGUUUAGAGGAAGAGGACAGUCCGCAGAUUAUUGGCUUUUCUGACGAUGAGCCUUUGGUGGUAGCAUAAUAAUCGAGAUGGGACGAGAUGAGACUUGCGGUUACCUAAUGUGUAAUAAACCAAACCCAAUGAUAGUAUUGUCCAUAUUUUUACAAGAAAUUUAUAUAUGAAGUUAUUAAAUGUUUAAAACAUAUAGAGUGGGGUGUAACUUUAAAUGGACAUGGUUCUCAAAGUUAUGUAUUUGUAAGCAAUAGGUCAGUUUCCUUGGGUUCAGUCCGCUCACUGGGUGCCAUAGUGGCACAUAUCAAACAAUAGCUACUUUUAGUUAAUAUAAAUAUGUUUUGUUCUGAAAAGGGAAUAAUAAUAUAUGUAAUUAUAAAGAAAUACAUCACUCUAAAAUUUUGUAAUAAGUAGGAGAAUUGAUAUGUUAUCUCAAUAUUUAAUUAAGUUUUUAUUUUCCCAAAUCACUGAUUUUCUUGUAAUUAUUAUUUUGUGAAUAUGCCACUAUUAUACCCAGUGAGUUAUAGAGAAUUUCUUGAAUACUGUAAAAUUUAACUGAUCUUUUUAUGUUUUAGAUAAAUUUUAUGUAUUGCAAAAUUCGUCAAAAAAAUGCAGUAAAAGGAUAUCAAUAAUCAAAUAAUUCAUUUACGAGACCUCCGAAUAUAUAAAUAAAAUUAAAAUUUUGUUGCCAUUUUAACUUUACGAAAAUCACUUUAUUCAUUUUGUCUGCUGUGCAACUUCUGCAUAAUAACAAGUUAACCUGGCUCAAUAGUCAGUGUUAUUUUAAGUUAGUAAUUGAGCAAUUUGUGUUAGUAAAGUGAUAAUAAAAAGCAACCGCCAUCAAUUACACCCUGCGAUAAAAUAUAUAUAUAAAUGUGAACUAGUCUAGAUUCAUUUAAGAUACAGGACAGAGUAGAGAAAUGAGUUUUUAAAAUGUUUGGUUUCUUCAUUAAGCUAAUUUCAGACGAAACCUUUAUAAUAGUAUGUUAUGGUUGUAUAAAUAUUUAAGUUUUAGGGUAAUUUUUAAGUCAAAUUUCUGUGAUAUCCUUGGUUAAGUUUGUAGAAUUUUGAAUGAUGAAAUUUGACUGUGACUAUUAUUAUCUUGACAAUAUUUGUGCAUCUAUAUAACAAUCUUUGAAAUAUUCAAAUAAAUAAAACAUGAAUUAA